AAAAUUUUAAGGCGCUAGCACCGCAGAGAGACGCCAAAUAUAGUGCGCGAGGCAGCAAAUAUAUAGCAUCACUGCGAGGUGUGCAAAGGGGUGCAAAAAAGGCCGCUCGCGCGGACAGCAGACAGCCAUUUUUGCAUUGCUUUGCUUAGAGCCAGGCCGCCUAGCCACCAAGCCGCCGCGGGGCCUGCUUGACCGCACUGCUUGAUCGCGCAAAACAUAUUUUUGCUUUAUCAUUGCACAAGCACGAGUGCGCGGUCUCAUCUAGUCAUGAAACGCAAAGCGGGCAGAGUUGAUCGCAACGAUGUGAAAGCGAGGGCCGCAGCGAUGCGCCAAAAGAAAGCUGCCGCGGAGGCUGCCAAGCAAAAGGCCGCGGCGGCGGAGGAGGCCAAGCGGCAGCGGUCCAUGAUGCCGCCGCCGCCGCCGAUGGCGCCGAAACCGAAGCAGACGCGCACCGUGACGCUGCCGGCGGAGCCGGCGUCGCCCGCUCCUCCCGCAAAGCCGCCCGCGGGCCUGCCGCCGGGCUUCUUCGACAGCGCCGCGACAUCCUCCGAAGCGCCGAAGUCGCUCGUGGCCUACGGCAGCGACGACAGCGACAGCGACGACGCCGAGGAGGCGCCGGCCGCCGCGGCGGCGCCCGCGCCCGCGCCCGCGCCGGCCAAGGGCGAGCUGCCGGCCGGAUUCUUCGACGACAAAAACGCCGACCUGAAGGCGCGGGGCGUGGACCCCGAAAAGGCCAAGGCCGAGAGCGAGGCCAAGGCCUGGGCCGAGUUCUCCGAGUUCGCGGGCGGCGUGGCCCGCGACGAGGCCCAGGACGAGGCAACCGAAGCCCAGGAGAAUGACGAUGAAUCCAGGCGGCGCGCGCUGGACCAGGCCUGGUACGAGCGGCGGCUCGCGCCGCUGAUGGCGCGCGCCGACGGCGCCAAAGCCCCGGUUGUGAACGAUGCCGUGGCGCGCGUCGGCGACGCGGACGACGGCGGCGUGGACAUCGCGGCGGCGCUGGCGGCGCGGGAGCGGAAGGACAAAGAAAAGGCGGCGGCCGCCGCCGCCAUGCUGCCGAUCGACGACGACCUCUCGGACGACGACCUCAACGAGGCGCUCUGGAACCAGCCCCGCUACACGGUGCCUGGGUUCCAGAAGGGCCAGUAGUUUAACUUGGUUUUAUUGUUACUUCGCGUCCGUCGGAGGGAUGUCUAUGGUCCUCAAUGUCACGGGCCGCAUUGGUAUCAGCAGUAGGCUCAUGUUUUAGGCCCAGGCAGAGAGUUGCAGACGCAUGCUAGUGUCUUACAGACGUUAGCUCGGGGAGUUUCGGAUGUUAAAAAAAAGCACCUAGAUCUCACCAAGAACGUAAGCUCCCGCGCCUAUACUUCGCGACGCAGUGCCGCCUGUGUGCGGUACGCGAUUUCCGCGCAAACCGCGGGCGAAACGGCCGCGGAUGUCCUAAUCUUGCAGUUACAAAGCCGGCGCUCUUCACAGCCAUACGCCGCGGGAGCGGAUCGCGCGACGCCAUCGACGAUACGGGCGGCCGGCGCCCAACGCCCCACGUCUCUGCAGGCAAGAAACUCCACCAAUGCCCACCCACUACGACGAUUCCUCGGACUCGGACGGCGACGAGCCGGCGCCGACGCGCGCGUGCGGAGCCGGCGUCCGCGGCGCCGCCGCUCAAAUCACACGCGCGUGAACGCAGGUACAAGCCGCGCCGCCGCAAGGUCAUCCCCUUCCUCGAGAAGCUCGUGCAGCUCCUCCAGGAGGAGCCCGACGUGAUCCGGCGCGCCGCCCGCGCGCGAAACCAAUUUUCACGCCAUCGACGCGAAACGUGAACGCGAUCGCAUACAGGUGGACGCGCGAGGGCAACCUCGUCAUCCCCGACCCCGUCAAGCUCGAGCGCAAGCUCCCGCUCUACUUCCGGCACCAGCACUACUCGUCGUUCCAGCGCCAGCUGAACAACUUCGGCUUCAACAAGCAGCACAAGUCCGCGAGCCCGCUGAACUCGGUCUACGUGCGCAUCAAGGGCGAGCAGCUCGCCGACGUCGACGUCGUCGAGCUCCUCCACCUCCGGCCCGUCCUCGAGCGGUCGACGCUCCGCCGCGCCAAGCGCGCGCGCCGCGCCGCGCCGGCGCCCAAGGCGGCGACGCCGGCGAAGCGGCGCCGCGCGGCGCCCGUGACGCCGCCCGGCCGCGGCCCGGCGGCGCGGCCCGCCUUCCCAGACCGGGCGCCGGGCGCCUCGCCCGUGACGCCGCCGCGGCGCCGGCCCGUGCCCGUCGACCUGGGCCGGGCCGCGCCGGCGGCCUACGGGCGCCUGCCGCACGGCUUCACCUUCCGCGGCGCCGAGCCGACGACGCCGACGACGGUCAAGUCGCCGCUGAGCGGCGGCCUCGACGGCGUCGGCGACAAGCCCUCGCUGGCCGUCAUCUUCUCGCGCAAGAACGACCCCAUCGGCGCGCCGCACUUCGAGCCCUGCCUCGAGCCGCCGCCGCCGGGCGCGGGCCCGCGGACGUCGCGGCCCGCGUCGCCCGUCGACGACGACCUGCUCCUGUCGCCGCCGCCGCCGCUCUUCGCCGAGGACUGGGGCGCGCGCUGCUCGUCGCCGGAGCUCUGGGCGCACGUCGGCGACCUCGUCGAGGAGCCCGACGUCACGUACGCGGGCGGCUUCCCCGAGGACUACUCCGACGUCUUCGGCGCGCCGGCGGCGGCGCUCCCGGCCUUCUGA